CACCUCCCUUCUUUUCCAUUUUCUCACCACUUGAUUAUCAUAACAGCUUCCAACGUUACAAAGGUUGCUAUGGUCUAACGACAUAGACGCUUCAUAUCAUGCAAUAUUGAUGAUUAGAAGAUACCUUUCUCAAGAUAACAACGAGAGCCGCAUCACAGACAUUUUGUCGCUUAAUAUUUUAGAGCGAGUUAAAACAUUAUUGGAAGCUUCUAGUGCUCCACAGCUACAGUAUGAAUCCGCGUGGGUGAUCACAAACAUAGCUGCCGGCAAUUCAACACAGACGAUGGCUGUUGUGGAAGCUGACUAUAUUAAAGUGCUAAUGGACUGCCUUUGCUCCGAUGGUAACAUUGAUUUUAAAGCUCAGAUAUCUUGGGCGUUAUCAAAUAUUGCAGGUGAAUCUGCUCCAUUACGAGAACGGUUACUUCACCAAAAUGCUAUGAAUGCUGUCAUUCAAGUUUUAAAAUCGCUUUAUGAACAAAUCUUGCAAGUCAGCUCUUCUGAAUAUACAACCGACCAUAUGAAGGUCAUUCGAGAGAAGGGUGCACAUGCCGACGUGAGGGUACUUACUUGGACUAUAUCAAAUAUGUGUAGAGGUGGAUUUAAGACGAAGGAACUUUGGCAAUUGUAUAUACCCGCUUUUGAAAUACUUUCUGAAAUGACUUUAUUGGAUGAUCCAGAAAUUUGCACGGAUGCAUGCUGGGGAUUAUCACGUAUAUUGAGCAAUAUGCACAAAGUUGAUCCAUUCCUACGAGCUCUACAUAUCCACGAUGGCCUCUGUCCAAGACUUGUUAAGCUACUGGAUAGUGACAAUGUUCUUCUUCAGACACCGGUGCUCAGAACCGUCAUCAAUAUUGCUUCUGGCCCGAAUGAGCAUAUUUCAUGUUUGUUGAAGGGUCAGCCUCUGGAAGUUCUAUUGCAAUACCUUUCACCCUCUGUCUUAUCGCAUUUCCGCCGAGACGCUCUUCUAACAAUUGCUAACAUAGCAGCUGGAAGUGAAAAUCAUGUCAGACAAGUUUUGGAGACUCCAGGAAUUAUGGAGAUGGUGGAAACCUAUACGAGGAUACCCGACACUGAUACAGAUAUUCUGCCCUACGCCUCCAAACAAAAGUCCACCCAUCAGGAUAUCGAAGAGGAAUGGAAAAUUACACAGGAAGCCGUCUGGAUUAUCUGUAACGUUACCAGCUUGGGAAGUAUUGAAAGCAUCUGCAAUAUGUUAGACGCACACCCACAAAUACCAAAGCGACUUUCACGAAUCCUUCUAUACCAAAGCACACCUAUGCCGGCAAUUCUCAAAGUACUGGAUGCCAUGAUCAAUAUCCUUAGCCGAACCAGUGAGCUAUUCAAUGUCAAUCCUCCAUUAUCUUCACAGCCAAAGAACCCUUAUUACGAUGAGUUUGUUCAACUUGGUAUAAUGAGACGCAUUCAAUCCAUGAAGAAUGAAUAUCCUGGAGUAAAUUCGCUACAAGAGCGAUUAGAUUUAUACACCACUGCAGCAAAUAACUGCAAUGCCCAGCAACCAACCUAUACCCUGGUUGCUGGUUCCGCUGAAGCUUUCGGCCUUCCCACACGCAAAGUUCUAACUACUGGUGCUAAUGUUCGUCGAGUGGUUCGCGGAACGGAAGAUGGCGAUGUUCGAUGGGUAGAGGAUGCUGUUGGUAAACUUUGCAUUCUCGAAGGCAGCUAGAUAGUUACCUGCUGCUUGUUUCUUUCUUUUCUACUUUUUUUGUGGUUCGAACCUUCUGUUGAAUCACAGCUCAUUACACGUGAUCUAUUGCA